UUCCACGUAGGCUCGGACAGCCGUUUGACCCGAACCUCAAGGGCUGCGACAAUGCAGAGCAAAAGGAUAUUUGUUUAUUAAAAUAAUGAUGAUGAUAAUUGCCUUGCUGAUAGCAUGACUUCGGCUUCUGGUUGUACUCACCGCAUGGUGUGCAUAGCAUCAUCUUCUCUGAGAAGCCAAGAAUAAAGAAGGCCCCAUUGAAAGCUCGGCUCAGUGCUCCCCUCUCAUCAUUCGCUUCUCUUCUAAGCCUCUAACUUCUCACCCUCUUCCUCCCUAUAAAAUCUCUGACUUUCACUGCUUGACGCCAUCGCUAUUCCUUCAGCCAUCAUAGACUUCCGCUUUCUCUUCUCACCCUCAUUACCGUAUUUGCCAACACUUUUAGCUUCGCCUCUCAUGGCGCGGCCGAGGGAGCCGGGAUGCAGCGUUGUUUCCUUUAUUCUGGUUUUCAUGUGUUUGGCGCAGAUACAUUGUCAUUUCCGUGUGCUUGCCAUGUUGGACCCUCUUGAUUUCCUGGCCCUGCAAUCGGUUCGCAAGUCUCUCAAGGAUAUGCCGGGAUCGAAUUUCUUUGCCUCCUGGGAUUUCACUGCCGACCCGUGUAAUUUUGCUGGUGUUUACUGUGAUUCCGAGAAGGUUGUCGCCCUCAAUCUCGGCGACUCCAGAGCUGGUUCUCCUGGUCUGACAGGCAGGCUCGACCCGGCGAUCGGCAAGCUCUCUGCUCUUACCGAGUUCACGGUUGUGCCUGGUAGAAUAUACGGUUCUAUGCCUCAGUCAUUCUCGAAUUUGAAGAACCUCAGAUUCCUUGGCGUCAGCCGGAACUUCAUCUCCGGCGAGAUUCCAGAGCACUUGGGAAGAUUGCGCAAUCUCAGAACCCUCGAUCUCAGCUACAAUCAGCUCACAGGACGCAUUCCUCCAUCCGUCGGAGCCUUGCCGGAGCUAAACAACUUGAUCCUCUGCCACAACCACCUCUCCGGGUCAGUCCCCUCGUUUGCCUCACCCACCCUCACUCGACUUGACCUGAAGCACAACUCUCUCACGGGUUCGCUCGCUCCCAAUUCUCUCCCUCCCUCACUCCAAUACCUCUCUCUGUCCUGGAACAAUCUCAGUGGCCCAGUGGAUCGGCUCUUGAACCGGAUGAACCAAUUGAACUACAUGGACCUCAGCCUGAACCGGUUCACAGGCAUAAUUCCGGCUCGCAUCUUUUCAUUUCCACUUACCAAUCUUCAACUAGAAAGGAACCAAUUCACCGGUCCUGUACAACCGGUUAAUCAAGUCACAAUCCCAACCGUGGAUCUCAGUCACAAUGAGUUUUCGGGUCCGAUAUCAUCCAUGCUCUCGACCGUUGAAAACCUAUACCUCAACAACAACCGGUUCACGGGUCGGGUUCCGAGCAACUUCGUAGACCAGCUAUUGGCCGCCAGAAUACAGAUACUAUAUUUGCAGCACAAUUAUCUGACCGACAUUGAGAUCAGUCCAACGGCUGAGAUUCCUGUGAGCAGCUCGUUGUGUCUUCAGUACAACUGCAUGGUCCCGCCUAUACAGACGCCAUGCCCCUUGAGGUCUGGGAAACAGAUAACGAGGCCUACUGCUCAAUGCAACCAAUGGAGAGGGUAAAGUUGGAAAUUCCAUGCCACCCACAGGCCACAGCGACGUAUCGAGGAUUAUAUAUAAUCACUUUGGGUGUCUUUUUGUAGUUUUCUUUUGAUUCAUUUAAUUUAAUUAUGUAAUAAUGGAUGCAGAAUGAUGAACAAGCGAAGUUAAAUGUGAAUAUGGUAGAAAGUGUAGCCAUUUUGUUGAAGGGUUGUAAAUCGUUCAAGGGUCCUAUAUAUUACAAAUGUAAUAUGAUUCAUUAGACUCGUUGCUGUUUUAA